ACGGCGCGUCACGGCGGGGCCGGCGGCGGCGGCGGCGGCGGCGGCGGUGGCUGCGCUCGGCUCCGCUCCGUUCCGUUCCGCUCCGCGCCCGCCAUGGCGGCCCCGGCCCGCCGGCCCCGGGCCCUGCUCGCCCUCGGCCUGGCCCUUCUCGCCGCCGUCGCCGUCGCCGGCACCGGCACCGGCACCGACCCCUUCUCGCCGCAGCUGGGAGACACCGGCGGGUGCCGCGGGCAGUGCGGCCGCAGCCUGCAGCGCCGGGCCGCCGCCGAUGCUGUUCUCAACGCCUGUUACCGGGGCUGCCGGCUGUUCUCCAUCUGUCACUUCGUGGAUGCGAGCGCCGAGCUCAACACGACCAGAGCCGAGUGCGAGGCAGCCUGUGCCGAGGCCUACGGCAACGCCGAGGAGCAGUUUGGGUGCGUGACCGGGUGCCGCAAGCAGCUGCCCGAGGUGGAGGAGAGCAGGAAGGAAAAGAGCCUGGAGCUGAGGGCGCCGUCGUUUUCUGUGUUGGAUUUGGUCUCCACCUUCUGCAAUGACAUCGUCAGCUCUGCCCAGAGCUUCAUCUCCUCCACCUGGACCUUCUACCUGCAGGCGGACGAUGGCAAAGUCGUGGUGUUUCAGUCCCAGCCUGAGAUGGAGUACCCGGCACCCGAGGCCCUGGAGAUGCAGCCAGCACAGCCAGGAUCGGGAUCGGGAUCCAGCCCCGGCGCCCCCCAGCCUCACACAGGGCCCCGGGCAAAGGGGGACAAGCCCCCCGUGAAGGAGCCUCGGGGCAAAGCCAAGGUGCACCCCCAGGAGCCCCCCCAGCAGGAGCACGAUUUCCUCGGCUGCAUGUCCAAGCGGGGGGUGGUGGGGUGCUACAGGCGCUCGGGCCUUCCUCGCUGGAUCCUGGCUGCCUGCCUCUUCCUCUCCAUCAUGGUGAUGCUGUGGCUCAGCUGUGCCAGCCUGGUGACCGCCCCUGAGCAGCACGUCAAGACCCAGCCUCUGAGCAUCAACGGGGACAAGGAGUACCUGGAGGACCUGGACGGCCCCGGCUCCUUCCCGCUGCCGCCCGUCAUCACCGUCACUCUGUGCCCCGCGCACGGCGGGGACGACGCGGGGCCGCUGCCCCUCAAGGUCGACCUGGACAAGACCAUCCUGUAGC